UUGGGGUGCCCAUAGCAGAUGUCAAGCAUUGGGCUCUUUGGGCCUUAAAUUGGGUUAUGAGUUGUUGGUCAAGAUUCUGGGGUCUAGAGCUGUCGGCCCUGAGAUGGCUUUUUGUUCAUGGUUGGGGUUGUUGGGCUCGAGUUUGGAAGUUUGGUUCUUUGUGGGCCGGAUUUUGGGCUGCAAGGGUCUUGUGCUGGGUUGAGGUUGAUUGGAACUUCUCAAUUGGGAAGGCUCUGAUGAAUGAAGACGGAAUGGAUGGUGAUAUAUAAUCACAUUCUACCAAUAGUUUAGUUUAAUUUCUGUUUGAGUUGCAAAAACCAGUGCCUUAGUUGGUUGCUUUUAAGUCUUGCUUCGAGGUUUCUUGGUUUUUGUUAGAAUAAAUGUGCGUGAAUUUACCAAAAGGUGGGUGUACUCGGGAUUUUGUGGGAUUUCAUUCUUCUAGAAUAGGUUUUCAUGAGAUUCUAAGAGACAAUUCUUUCUGACGACCCCAUAGGGGUGUUUCGUUCUUGUACUGCUUGCUGAAUUAUAAUGAAAUGACUGACCUAUUUCUCUAAAAAAAAAAGAGUUAGUGUGUGAUAUUAUGAAAAUUCCUUUUAUACUAUUAGCUAGUUUGGAAACACUGUCUGUUUCACCGUGAGAACCAAAUCUUAAAUUUGCCAAAUCCUCAAUCAUAUUAUUCCCUCAUCAUUCCUUUUGCUUAGACUUUGUCAGAGAAAGUGACAGAGACACAAAGACAAAAACAUGGGUCACAGAGAGAGCAUCAAGUUUGAUCUUCAUUCAAAUGGGUUUAUAAUCAUUUUGAUGCUAGUGUACUUAAACACCUCGGUGGAUGCUUCGAUCCAUGAAUACCAAGAUGACACCUUUAUACGUCGUUCCAAUUCAUUCUUCUUCCAUGGCGGAAGUGAGGGUCUCUAUGCUUCCAAAAUUCACUCUGGUAAUGACAAACUCGCUUCUGAAGACAUGACCAUUGAUGGCAAGUCCUUUAUCAGGUUUGAAUCUAUCACCUUUCGAAGGACCAAGGAGUCUGCUGAAAAGAAGAAUGAGAUGCAGCAGAGGACUGGCUUGGUUGAGGCUAUAGUACUUGAGGUUAGAGACAGGGAGAAGAUUGGGGGUUCUUAUUUGAACUCUGAGGCAAUAUGCUGUACCCCGGAGCUUUCCAAGGAUGGUUCGUGCAAGGUGGGAGAGGUUAUCAUCCAGCAGAAACCCGACAACCCUGAUGGGCCAAAAAGGAUGCAGACCUUCUUUGAGGGGAAAAAUGAAGAGACUAACAUGGAACUUCAGACUAUUCAGAUCAACAGCACUGGAAUGUACUAUCUUUAUUUCAUGUUUUGUGAUCCAGAACUUGUUGGCACAUCAAUCAGUGGAAGAACUGUUUGGAGGAACCCGGAUGGUUAUUUACCUGGAAAGAUGUCGCCGCUGAUGACAUUUUUCGGCCUCAUGUCUUUAGCUUACCUUGUCCUUGGUCUUUUCUGGUUUCUCCGCUUUGUGCAGUAUUGGAAAGAUAUAAUACAGUUGCACUACCACAUCAGUGCUGUUAUUGGUCUUGGAAUGUGUGAGAUGGCUCUAUGGUAUUUUGAAUAUGCAAAUUUCAAUUCAACCGGAGCCAGGCCAAUGGGAAUUACCAUGUGGGCAGUAACCUUCGGUGCUGUCAAAAAAACUGUUUCCCGGCUUCUUCUUCUGGUGGUUUCAAUGGGGUAUGGUGUUGUGCGGCCAACUCUUGGUGGCAUUACCACAAAAGUACUACUCCUUGGUGUGAUAUACUUUGUAGCAUCAGAAGCACUUGAGCUUGUUGAACAUUUGGGAAAUAUCAAUGACUUUUCUGGAAAAACAAGGCUUUUUCUGGUGCUACCGGUUGCUCUAUUGGAUGCCUGUUUUAUUCUUUGGAUCUUUUCAUCACUAUCUAAGACUUUGGAGAAGCUUCAGAUUCGAAGAAGCAUGGCCAAACUUGAGCUCUACCGGAAGUUUACCAAUUCCCUUGCAGUAUCAGUGUUGCUGUCUGUUGCUUGGAUUGGUUAUGAGUUGUAUUUUAAUGCGAGUGACCCGUUGAGUGAAUUGUGGCGAAGAGCCUGGAUCAUCCCAGCUUUCUGGGUUUUGCUUGCAUACUUUCUGUUGGUAGUUAUAUGUGUUCUCUGGGCUCCAUCUCACAACCCAACCGGAUAUGCAUACUCCGAGGAGACUGUGGAUGACUUUGAUGAGGAGGGUAUCUCGCUCACUAGUGGAAGCGGAGUUAAGGUGGCUGGCAUUGACUUGGCCAGCAAGCUAGAAAGAAAGGAAAGGAAGCUAUCAAGUUCAGCAGAUCACCAUGUGUUUCUUGGGGAAGAUGAGGAGGACAAGAGAGAGUAGAGACCCUAUUCUUUUCUAACUUCAUACCAUUCGAGUCUCUCUGGAUAUAUCAACGAUCACCUUAGGAAUUUGUCCUCACUAUUUUGUCACACCUCUUGUAUCUCUUGUAGAAAGGCCUAGAGAAACAAAACGGAUGAAAAAAAGAGAGAGCUUAUGUCUUCUGCAAUAGAGAAAGCUUAAUGAAUUAAACCUAGGAUUGUAGGCUAGCAAAAAGUUCAGAUCCUCACAUGAAGCACUUCAUCUGUGUUCUUGCAUAUAGCUAAGGUUAAGCACAAGUUGUAGAUCCUAGAAGGAGCCUAGAGGGGGGGGGGGUGAAUAGGCUCACAAUCAAUUUUUUUCGUUCAAAAAACUUUCUCAGGGAUUGCAACUGGGUGAACAAUCCUGAGUAAUGAUAUGAACAGAAUGUAAUGUAAAUUCAACAAACCAACUAAAGCAAUAAAGAACAGAUGCUUUGUUGACGCAGUAAAACCCUAUCAAGGGAAAACAUCUGCGUGGCUUUUACUUUUGAAAGACCAAAACCAAAUCACUAAUGAAACAGAUUACAAGUUUACAACACUGGGAUUGCACUGACGCGGCAAUCCUUCUAGACUAACUCACUAGACUGUUGUAAUCACUCCUUGCUAAUUGUUUACACAAGUGAACAACUCAGAAAUCUCAACUAUGAAACAAGCUAUGAACUAGGGGUCGUCAACGGGCCGGGCCGGGCCGGGCUUUAUUAAAAAUAGACGGAUUCAAGCCCGUCCAUAUAAAGAGGGCUUUGCGGGCUUUUUCGGGCCGGGCCGGGCUUGGCCUUGCGGGCUUUUUUGGUCCGGGCCUUGCGGGCUUUAUGUAUAAAUAAAUAUUUAAAGACACAAAUAUUAUUUUUUUUUAAUCAAACUUUGGAAAUUCAUUGGAUAAUGAUCAAAUACAAUCAAAGAUAACAUAUCUAUAAUUCUAUAUUGUACCAAAAAAAAAUCUUUAUUUAUAUAUAGAUACUAAUUUAUUGAUAAAUAAAUU